CAGGCGCAGACAGCGUCGCCAUAGCCACGAAGUGUGUCUCGUCUCGUCUCGUGUCGCAGCGUUUCGUCGGGUGGAGGCAGAAUUCGAAGGGGUUGGGUGGUGAAUUGCUGGGGUCUACGAUGGUACGGCAACAGUAUUUCAUUUUUUUGGUUGAAUUUUGGAAGGAUUCGUGAGUAGGGGAAGCAUGGGGAAGUAAAUAAGUUAGGGAGGGAGGCGAAAGGGGGGGGGGGGGUUUAGGGUUUUAGGAAGAAGUCAUGGUGGAAGGGAAGGAGGAGAAGAAGUGGAAAGCCACCACCGGGGGGGAGAGCAGACGGAGUGCGCAAAGGAUCAAGCGUGUGCUGGCGGACACGACCCCCAAGCACUUGGAGCAGCUCACGAAGCAGGCGCGGAUGUUGGUAAGGGACGACGAUGUUGGUAAGGUCCCUCCUUUCCAGGAUGAUUCUUCCAUGGGUGUUAUUCGAAGGAAGCUCGGGCAUCUGCUGCGGCGGCACUGCAUCCUGCGAGACAAGCUUACGAACUUUAAUCCGCCCCGGAAGUGCCUCGUUGCGCAACUGCAGACAGAAUUUGAAAAGGAUCCAGAAGGCAAGCGUUUGGACGGGGAUGAGUGGAAUGAUAGUGUAAUUAACGAGCUUCAACAAAGAAUUUAUAGUAGUGACGCUGCUCUUAGUUUGCGAGAUGAUCAAGAAUUUAACAGUGUAAUCAGAGGUGAAAGGGAGUGGGUUCCUUCAGGAGAGGAUAUCGCUGAGAACCUGACUCUUUUGGUUAAUCGGAAGGUUAUACGAGGGAUGAAAGGCGGAUAUGUUGUUAUACGUUUCGAUACAACCUUUGAAAACAAGAAGUUUGAGAGCUACUACUGUGUGUUGAAGAGCAAUUCGCCAAUGGAUGAACUACAUGUUAUUGAGCAUUCUAUACCUUUCUUUCUACCGGUGCAAGAGCUGGAGAAGCAGCAUUUGGGAAAGAGUUCCAAAUUGUUCUUCGACCACAUGGGCAACGUCUUACAAGCCUACAUUUCAAGACGUGAGCAGGUGAAUGAGUUGAAGAAACGUAAGGGAGAUCUUAUAGGGGAGCUGUAUCACAGCCUGUCCUACACAUUGAUUGAAAUCAUGCUAAAAGAACCUGGAUGGCAGGUGGGAAUGAGCUUGGCAUAUCACAACUCGGAUUCAGAGCUUCCAACACAAAGUAACAUCACCGUAUGGCCGUUGGUUGCUCACCUUGUUUCUCAAACUGCCAAAAAUUCAGGAAGGGGUGUUCAGAAAAAUGCUGCGGCUUUCCGUUUGCCUAUAAAUGAAGCUUUGUUUAGAGCAAUGCCUUUACCCCAAGUUUGUGACGAGCUUAUUAUUGACUUGAGGGAUACCCUUGGCUUGUCACCUCUAGAACAGGCGAUUGAAGCUCCAUCUGCGUCAACGCAGUCACCAAUGGAGAUAGAAAUAGAGGCGCCAAUGGAAUUUUCUCAAGAAGCACCUCAUUGAUAUUGAGAUCAUAUGCGUAGUGUUUGUUUUUAACAUACAUGAAUUUUGGGUGUUAUGAAUGAAAACAUGUGGUUAGGCUUGAAGUUGGUAGAUGGUGAGUACUAGAUUUUGCCUCUCAAUCCACCCACUUUUUGAGACUUUAACCAUUCUACUUUUGAAAAUCUCUCGAAAACAAUAGUUAGGAAUUAUUUGGUUAUCCUAGUAAAAUGUAAUUAGUUAUGAAAAUUUUGAUUAUCGUGAGUCACUCUGCAUGCUAGAUUUGUUUUGGUUCGAAGCCCAGAACCUCUUCUC